AUGGCCAAAGACAAGAAAAAAUCCGAAGGCAAGAAAGCCAAAGCCGCAGAGAAAAAACUAAAAGCCGAGAAAAAGGCUGAGAAAAAGAACAAGAAACUUACCUCCAAGCGCGCCGCCGACGACAGUUCCGAUGCCGAAGACAUCGACAUCGACGCCGUCCUGGAAGAGUACAAGAAGCAGCAGGAACAGUUCCACAAGAUCACGGAGACUGUCCUCUCCGAGCCACCCCGCGCCCGCGCAGCCGCGACGCUGUUGGCGAACCCCGCCAAUGCGAAUCAGCUUUUGCUGUUUGGAGGAGAGUACUUUAAUGGGUCUGUCGCGACGUUCUUCAAUGAUUUGUUGGUGUAUUAUAUCGAUAGAGAUGAAUGGCGGAGCAUUACUUCCCCGAACGCGCCACUGCCGCGAUCGGGUCACGCCUGGACCCGCGGCGGGAAUCAGGCUAAUGCGGUGUACCUUUUUGGAGGGGAGUUCUCAUCGCCGAAGCAGGGGACUUUCUACCACUACAACGAUUUCUGGAAGUUGGAUCCUACCACUAAAGAAUGGACUCGCUUGGAGCCGAAAGGAAAGACACCCCCCGCCCGGUCGGGCCACCGCAUGACCUAUUUCAAGCAGUACAUUAUUCUGUUCGGUGGCUUCCAAGACACGGCAAACCAGACCAAGUAUCUGAAUGACUUGUGGAUUUAUGACACAAACAAUUUUGUCUGGUAUUCCCCCGCCCUCCCGCAGGCGAUGAUCAAGCCCGAGCCACGAUCAAGCUUCACCCUCUUGCCGCAUGAGCAAGGGGCGGUGUUGUACGGCGGCUACUCCCGCGUCAAGGCAACUACAUCUACCAACAGACAGGGCCAACAACAAAAAGGCGCGCAGCGCAACGUCAUGAAGCCGAUGGUGCACACAGACUGCUUCUUCCUUCGCAUCACCCCUCCCCCAGCCGAGGCACCCUCGGGGACGCCGCCCACCGUGAGGUGGGAACGCCGCAAGAAGCCCGCUAACGCGCCCAACCCGCCGAGGGCGGGUGCUACCAUGGCGUAUCACAAGGGGCGGGGGAUCCUGUUUGGGGGUGUGCAUGAUGUGGAGGAGAGCGAAGAGGGGAUGGAGAGCGAGUUUUUCAAUACGUUGUUUGUGUGGAAUGUGGAGCGGAAUCGGUUUUUCCAGUUACAGUUGAAGAAGCCACGAACACAAAAUCAGGGGAUGCAGAAGGCUGUAGGCGGGAGGAGGGCUAGGGCGAAGGAGAAUGAGGAGGAGUUGCUUAGGCAGUUGGCUGCGCUUAGGGCGGGCGUGGGGAUUGAUGAAGGUGAUGAGAUGGAGGUUGAUGAAGGGAAGAAAGAGGAAGGGGAGGAGAAAAAGAAGAAGGUUGUGAGAGAGAUGCCGGUUAGCAUGGAGCUGCCGCAUCCGAGAUUUAAUGCCCAGCUGGCGGUGCAGGAUGAUGUGUUAUACAUAUAUGGGGGCACCUUUGAGAAGGGGGAUAGAGAGUUUACCUUUGAUGACAUGUAUGCGAUUGAUUUGGGACGGUUGGAUGGGUGUAAGGAAAUUUUCAAGAGGGAGGUUGAGGAUUGGGUGGCCUCUGACGACGAGGAAGAUGAGGAGGAUGAAAGGGACGAGGAGAUGGAUGAGGAUGAGGAUGAAGAAGAUGUUGAGAUGGCUGAUGAGGAGCCUAAGCAGCAGCUGUACACGCCCAGCAAGCGGAAGAAGAAACAAGAGGAGGGUGCUGCGGCUGAAGCGUCUGUUGCCCCUGCGGUUCCGGCUGAAGAGGAGGAGACUGAGGAGGCUGAGAAGCCUGUAGAUGAUGGGUUGCCGCAUCCUAGGCCCUUCGAAUCCCGCCGGGACUUCUUCCAACGCACCUGCAACGAGUGGCAGGACAUCCUCAUCAAGCAGCACCUGCCCGCGCAGGGCAUCGACCCGUCGACCCUCACCAUCAAGGAAAUUAAGGCCAAGGCUUUCGAGCUGUCGGAAGAGAAGUGGUGGGACUGCCGCGAGGAGAUCAUGGCGCUCGAAGAAGAGCAGGAGGCGGCGGGCAUUGGCGAGGUCGUGUCGCUUGCGGAUCGUGGGGAGGGGCAUGGCGGGCAUGCUGGGGGGAGGAGGCGAAUGCCGAUCGGCAUCCAGCGUCUCAACGCCAAACGCUCCCAGCCAAACGACCGCAUCGUCUUCAUCAAACCGCUCCCCGGACCCGAUGAAGAAAUCGCCCGUGACUUCCUAGAGCGCAUCGCCGCGCAGUGCGUCCCCAUAAUGCGCCACCACCACUUGACCAUCACCACCCUGGAGGAGCACGAACCCAACCGCGAGUUCGUCGGCCGCAACUUCAAUGCUGGCGAGGUCAUCCAACUCGUUCUCAAAUCCCCUUACAACCCCCAGGCCUGGCUGCCGUUCGAUUAUGUACAAAUGGUCAUGAUGCACGAGCUGGCGCAUUGCAAGCACAUGAACCAUUCGCGAGCGUUUUGGGCCGUACGAAACCAGUUCGCUUCCGAGAUGCGGGAGUUAUGGGCGAAGGGGUAUACGGGUGAGGGGAUCUGGGGUAGAGGGAGGGGCCUGGGUACGGGUGAGUUUGAACGGAAUGUCGUUGGGGCAGGGGAACAGCUGCCGGAGCAUUUGUGUGGGGGGAUGUAUGUGAGCAGACCAAAAAGGAAGAGGAGAGUGUUAAGCUGGAAGGAGAGGAAAGAGAGGAGGAUAUUGAAGAAGUUUGGGGAGGGUGGGCAGGUGUUGGGGGAAGAUGAGGGAGUGAGGAAGAGGUUGGAGAAGAAGAGUGUUGCGGCAAAGCCAAGGGUUGCCAACAGCGUCAGGGGCCGAGAGCUUAGAGCGGCGGCGGCGUUGGCGAGGUUUGAGCAGCAGAAGAAGGAGGAAGAAAAGAAGAGAGAGGUGAUCACCAUUGAGGAUGAUGAGGAUGAGGAAGAGGAGGGGUCGGAGACAGAGAGUGGAGAGGAGUAUGCGGAUGCUAUUGAUAUUAAUGGCAAGGUGUUGCUGGAUUCGAAGGGAGGUAGGAUGGUGAGAGUUUGUGAGGACGAGGAUCUGGAUGAUGCGGAUGCGAACAAUGAGCUGGAGGAGUUGAGGAAUUUGGGGAGGAGACCGAAGCCUUCGGAUCAGAAACCGUCAGCUUUAUUUGCACAGAAGCAGGAAGCACGACAACCAAAACCACUGCCGACGCCUAUGUCUACGAUACCUAAAGCGCCCCCUCCGUCCCUACCAUCAGCCGCUAAUGUCAGCAACCCUCUUUCCACACCUUCUACACAAACCUCCAUCAGCGUUUACACCAACGUAACCACUGCCUUGAACGCCAACGGCAGCAGAAUAACCAACAAUACUGCGAAGAGCAGUAAUUCAACCUGCCCGAUCUGCUCUUUCUCCAACGAGCCAGGCUCCGCGACCUGCUCUGUGUGCGCUCACGUCUUAGACACUCGAAGGAUCCCCGAUGCGUGGGCAUGUACUAGCGUCAUGUGUCGGGAUAGCCAGUAUCGGAAUGCUGGAGAUUGUGGAGUGUGCGGUGUUUGUGGGGAGAGGAAGCCUAAGGGCGGAAGUGUAUGA